AGAAGAAAAUAAUACAAAGAUUUAGGUAUAUUGACACUUUAUUGUGAAGAAGUGUAGUAGGUGAGGAGGAAAAGCUCCCUCUAAUACCGUAUUUCUGUCUCCCUUUGUGUCCCAGAACACAAAUCAAAUUAAAACGUUGAAUCUUGCAGGUGGUAGGUGAGCUAGCUGUUUCUCCUCAUACUCUUAGCUCUGUUUUCUAACGCAAUUUUUUUUCAGCUCUGUUUUUUGUAUUACUUCUUCUCUCCAUUUGAGGCUCUACUGAUUUGUUAGGCAGAUGGCACAAGAAACAUCUCACCUAGAUGCAGAGGUUGUUCUUGCUGAAGAAGCUGGCAGUGCUAGAUUGAUAACCUUAAACCGUCCCAAGCAGUUGAAUGUAAUUUCUUCUAAAGUGGUGAAGUUGCUGGCUGAAAACUUGGAAAAAUGGGAGAAUGAUGACAAUGUAGCUCUCAUCAUAUUAAAGGGAGCUGGCCGUGCUUAUUCUGCUGGCGGGGACUUGAAAAUGUUUUAUGAUGGCCGGACGUCAAAGGACUCCUGCCUUGAGGUGGUCUACAGAAUGUAUUGGCUUUGUUACCAUAUCCACACUUAUAAAAAGCCCCAGGUUGCUCUAGUUAAUGGCAUUUCGAUGGGUGGAGGUGCAUCCCUGAUGGUCCCAAUGAAAUUUUCUGUUGUAACUGAAAAGACUGUUUUUGCUACUCCAGAAGCAAGUAUUGGGUUUCAUACUGACUGUGGCUUCUCAUAUAUCCACUCUCGCCUUCCAGGCCGAUUGGGCGAGUAUCUGGCAUUAACUGGGGCAAGGCUUAAUGGUAAAGAGCUGGUUGCACUUGGAUUGGCAACACACUUCGUCCCUUCUGAUAAAUUGCCUGAGCUAGAGAAGCGUUUACUAAAUUUGAACUCAGGCAAUGAAAAUGCCAUCAGAUCUGCCAUAGAGGAGUUCUCCACAAGCGUUCAGCUUGAUGAAGGAAGUGUCUUGAACAAGCAGGCUCUUAUUGAUGAGAUCUUUGGGAAGGAUUCUGUGGAGGAGAUUAUGCAUUCAUUUGAAGCUGAAACACGCAAAGAAGGGAAUAACUGGAUUAAUGCUGUGCUCAAAGGGUUCAAAAGAUCUUCUCCUACAGGAUUGAAGAUCACACUAAAAUCGAUUCGAGAAGGAAGGAAACAAACACUGGCUGAAUGCCUGAAAAAAGAAUUUAGGCUAACAAUAAAUAUUCUGAGAGCAGUGAUAUCUGGUGAUGUCUAUGAGGGCAUAAGAGCUAUCACUGUUGACAAAGAUAACUCCCCGAAAUGGGAUCCUGCGACGCUUGACAAGGUUGAUGAGGGACAAGUUGAGAAAGUUUUCCAAGCAUUUGACGAAGAAUUGGAGCUUAACAUACCAGAAACACAAGAAUGCAGGUGGGAUGGAAAAUAUGAAACUUCAGCUUAUGCUCACCUUCAAAUUGCGUGAACUCAUUUGGAAGGAUGGGGGUGUUGAACAAAAUAAAAGCUGAAAUUGUAUUAACUUUAGCCCAUUUAGUCUAAAAAUGGUCAAUGCCAGCUUGUGCUUACAGUGUUGUAACUUGUAACUUGUAAUUUUGUUUUACAGUGGCUUUUUUGUGAUGUGCGCAUGCCAAUGAUCUCAAUAAACUAAAAUCUUGUUCUUCAAACAUGGUCUCAGUAAAUAAACAUUUUAAGUGCACUUUCUUUUUUAUUUUGAAAAAUCAUGUUGGGA